GACUUAUCUAGGGCAUAUUCCUUUAUUUUUCUGUAAAGGUGUUUGUUAUGUCCACAAUUUGACUGUCAUAAUACCACCAUAAUUGAUAAUGUCUGAAGAAGAUGUUAUUAAAAGACGCCUAAUAUUUGAUGGUGAUGGUACAGGAGAAGAUCGCCGGUUAAAUGUUUUACUUAGAAUGAUUUCCAAAUGGAUAAAUUCAAAUGACGAUGCGGAAGAAGAAUCAUCCCAAAUUUAUGACAAAAUCUUGGCACAUCUAGCAUUAGUGAAACAUUCCAGAAAACGUUCAGAAUAUGUUUCCAAAUCAAAUGCUGAGCAGCUUAAGAAAUAUAAAUCAUUAUAUGCACAAUAUGAAGCAAAUAUAAAUGAAACAAAGGGAAAAAUUAUUAGACAAAAACGCAAAUUGGAAAACGCAAAAAUUAUUAAGCAUAAUCGCAUACAAUAUGAUCUCUUGGCUAAAGCAAUUGCUAAAGAACCUCGGCGGAUUGAUAUGAUCAAAAAGUUAGAGGUUUUGCAAAAAGACCUGACAGAUCUAGCGGGAGAAAAGGGACAACUGGACAAAAAAUUGGAAACCAGAAGAAAACAAUUCCACGUGUUGGUGACAUCAUCAAAUGAGUUAGAAAACAUGCUAUUUGAAGAUCAUCUCUAUGCAUCCAAAUUUGAAACCCAUUCAACAAAGUUGUAAUUUCUGUAACUUAUUAUGUUGCUUACUUCAUGUUUAAUUUAUCGUUUUGCAUUUAUACUAAAAGUAAAGUAUAAAAUAAAUUAAUAAAACUGG